GGUUGUCGGUGCUGGCUGAUGCUGUUGGAAGAGCACAGGCCGCAGUGAUUUGGUAGCCGCUGCAGUAGGAGGAAGGACCGCGGUUCUACCACCUCUAUCUUUCACUUUCGCCUUGAAACCUUUUCGGUGGUUCCCUCUUGUAGUGACCAGUAAACUGAAUACACAGCAACGUGUUCUAUGAUCACGAAGUCGUAGUCUUACCGACGGACAGUGAUACCAAUCGCCAUUUUAAUCGCACGUUUCCCCCUGACAGAAGCGCUAGCACAACAAUGGCUCUGAAAAGAAUUCACAAGGAAUUGAAUGACUUGGCACGGGACCCACCAGCCCAGUGUUCUGCAGGACCAGUAGGAGAUGACAUGUUUCACUGGCAAGCCACAAUAAUGGGACCUAAUGACAGUCCUUACCAGGGUGGGGUUUUCUUCUUGACUAUACACUUCCCCACAGACUACCCCUUCAAACCGCCAAAGGUUGCGUUUACCACAAGAAUCUACCAUCCAAAUAUCAACAGCAACGGCAGCAUUUGUCUUGACAUCCUGCGAUCACAGUGGUCUCCAGCGCUCACCAUCUCCAAAGUCCUCCUGUCCAUCUGCUCUCUGCUGUGUGACCCCAACCCAGAUGACCCCUUAGUACCCGAGAUCGCUCGCAUCUACAAGACGGACAGGGACAAAUACAACAAAAUAGCUCGGGAAUGGACACAAAAGUAUGCAAUGUAGUGUUGGAGUAGAAACAUGGCCAACCACCUCUACGACAAGGUUAGGGGAGCUUCAGAUGUAAAGAGAAAACAAACAAAAAAACCAUACAAACAAAUGAAAAGUUAAAAACAAGAUCAUGUUGGUUUUCAUUGGAGUGCAUUACUUUGAGCCACGCCUCCCCUUCACCAGAGUACCUGUAAAACGCCCUCUGCCCCAACUCCCCACAGUCUCUUCCUCCCUCACUGUUUUACUCUAGCCCCCCUCCCCCCCUCGCCUCUCAGCUCACCUGCCCACCCUCCAGUGUACAUAUUGUCCACUUGCAAUGGUAACAUCCAUCUCUGCCUACUUCUUAUUUAAACCUCCCAUCCUUGUGACCUCUAACCUCAUCUCUUAACUUUGCUAUUCCGUUACAUUUUGUCUCAAUGCAGGUUGGGCUGUUGUUCCAACCCCCCCAGACUUCCUCCUGUUCCCUACAUACCCGCAUCCUCACCCACCCUCCCCAGACGUUAAAUCACUAAAAGCAUUCCUUUGAGUAUCUGUAAAACUUUGAGGGGACCUUUUUCUUUAUUUACCUUCUGUGUUUGUUUGUUUUUUAAAGGGGAAGGGGGACAAUAAUAUGGAGGGAUUUUUACACUCUGCUCCCUUUCUUGUUUUGUUGUCAUUGUAAUACCCAUCCGUUGAGGUGACAAUUCAGGAAAGCAGUUUUAGCACGCGAGCCGAAGGGCACUCUGUAUUUUAUACAAUAAAUACUUUAAAACAUUGUAGGCUAUUUGAAAUGGCCUUUACUGGUCUUUUGUUGGAAAGGACUUGAAUUUAUUCCCAACCCACACCUCCUGUGUCUCCCCCCAGCCUCAAACCACCUUACCCAAGUUGACCCCUUUGUGCACACACACACACACACACACAUAUGCACGCACAACUAUAACCCCAUGUCACCACCACCUAUUCUUUAUUUACAAAGUGGAGGGUCAGGACCAGGUAUUUAAGCAAUUCAUUUUUCUUAGUUUAACCUGUGUUUUAUUCCCCACCCCAUAACUCUUUAGGUUGCUUUUUUUUUCUUUUUUUCUUUUUUUCUUUUGCUAUUGUUGAAUUAGAAGCUAACAUCUUAAAAGGAUAUGGGACUGGCUUGGGCUCUGGGUGCGAGGAGAACCCACUCUUCUUGCACAAAACCUCUGUAUAUUGAAUUACCUGAGAGGCUCAUUGAGCUUUGUGUUGAUUAAACUGUGUAAUAAAAA